AUGGCCUCCCUAGGCCUUGUAUAUCUGGAAUCAGAUCCAGAUUCCGAUCCGGAGAUCGUCCCCGAGUCUCCACCGGCCGUGCCAAGCACCGAGUCUUUCUCUCCCGCCAUGCCAAGCACCGAGUCCCCCGUGCUUUAUACUAUGCCUCUCCCCCCUAUUGGUUCAGAGUAUAGUACGCCAGAGGAAGGUCUCGCCGCUAUCAAUGAUCUCGGCCGUACACAUGGGUAUGCGGUUUCAUCAAUUCGGACCAAAUUCACCAAAAAGGGCGUGAAAAAGACUAUACGCCUCCGCUACGACCGAGGUCUCGUACUAAGAGAUCGGCCUAACGACGGCCCAGAGCGGAAACGACAGACUACCACACUACAAAAUGAGUGUCCCUUCGGUAUAUCGCUUCGACUAAACCAGACAACGAGUGCCUAG